AUAUCAUGUGAUGUCUUAUCGUACAAAAUGGUGUCGAACGUAAACACCGGUGUUUUCUUCCUGCUAGUAAAGUUAAUAAUAUGUUCUUCAAGAAAUCUGCAUGCGACUAUUAAUCCAACAAUAGGCGCACCAUGGCCAAUGCCCCAGAAAUAUACACCUACAGGCAACGUAUUUCAGAUAGAACCAUCAAGUUUUAGAUUUGAAGCGACUGGUGAAUCCUGUGACAUCCUUACCUCAGCGUUUGCUAGAUAUAGACAAAUAAUUUUCGGCACAACUCUUAAAUUUCAACCACAUCAUGGGGUAGACAACGAGAACGCGUUGACAACUGCAUCCGUAAAAGUUAAGUUGGAAUGUGACAAAUUUCCAAGUUUGGAAUCGGACGAAUCUUACGAUCUCGUUGUCAGUGCAUCUGGUAUUACUAUCAAUGCCAAUGAAGUAUGGGGUGCCCUCAGAGGACUGGAAACAUUUAGUCAAAUUAUAGUUAGACGUAGUCUUCAGUAUUUCAUUAAUGGAACAACUAUCACAGACUUUCCUAGAUUUCAGCAUCGUGGAAUGUUGAUAGAUACAUCGAGACAUUUCUUAUCUGUUGACGUCAUCAAGGAACAUAUCGAAGCUAUGGCUCAGAACAAGUUUAAUGUCUUACAUUGGCACAUUGUGGACGACAACUCUUUUCCUUAUACAAGUGCAGCGUUUCCUGAAAUGAGCCAAAAGGGAUCGUAUCCAGGGGCUGGCCAUAUAUACACAGCUUCUAAUGUUUUGGACAUUAUUGGUUUUGCGAGAAUGAGAGGAAUUCGUGUCAUACCAGAGUUUGAUACUCCAGGACACACUCAAUCUUGGGGAAAGGGUAUUCCUGAUUUAUUGACAAAAUGUUACAGUAAAGGUGUAUUUGAUGGUAGUUAUGGACCAGUAGACCCUUCUAAGAACACCACCUAUACUUUCCUGGAGACAUUUUUUGGUGACGUAGCAAACACUUUCCCAGAUCAAUAUAUUCAUCUUGGUGGUGAUGAAGUUUCAUUUGGAUGUUGGCAGAGCAACCCAGAUAUAAAAACAUUUAUGUCAAAAAUGAGUUUUGGAACAAGCUAUUCAAAACUGGAACAAUAUUACAUGCAGAGUUUGUUAAAUAUUAUUGGUAAAAAGUUAAACAAAGGAUACCUUAUUUGGCAAGAAGUUUUAGACAAUGGAGCCAUGGUACAACCAGAUACAGUAGUUGAAGUUUGGAAGGGUGGAUACGUAGAAGAACUUGCCAAAAUAACUAAGUUGGGGUAUAAAACAUUGCUAUCUUCUUGUUGGUACCUUAACUACAUAUCGUAUGGUGAUGACUGGAGAAAAUAUUAUGCUUGUGAUCCACAACAAUUUAACGGUACUGAUGCACAGAAGAAAUUAAUCAUUGGUGGUGAAACGUGUAUGUGGGGUGAAUUUGUUGAUAACACCAACUUGAUUGCUCGAUUUUGGCCAAGAGCAGCAGCAGUAGGUGAACGUUUAUGGAGCGAUAUGUCUGUCAAAAAUACAGCAGAGGCAGCACCAAGGCUAGAAGAACAUAGAUGUAGAAUGGUCAGUCGAGGAUUUGCUGCUGAACCUAUUAAUGGACCUGGAUACUGCCCAGAAGAGUACACCAAGUUUUAAUUGUUACAUAUCAUGACACUCAUUCAAUAUCCAAAUAAAUCCAAGAUUUAUUAUAUACUUAGGUAGCUACAUAAUAACAUUCCAUUUUAGAAUGUGGGUUUUCCAUUUCUUGUGUGUAAUGUGUCACACAAUCUUUCAGGAAUAUAUCUUUAUUUAUAGUUUUGAUUUAAAUAACUAGUAAUUGUACAUAAUUGUCAUUUGGUAUAAGAAAUGUUUAUUAAAUUAUAUGUUUGAAUUAUGAAAUUAAAAUUUCUCAAUUAUACAUUUUUACUUUAGGCUAGCAUAAUAUUAAAAGUGUUUACUGACAUGUUUUUUGUGGUUUUAUUUUGUUCUGAGUUUUUAUUAGAUUUUUGUAUAUAUGUACUUAAUUGUAACAGUGGUCAAUUAAAAAUAUAAGUCCUUCAAGCAAUGUUAAAACAUAGUGAUAACAUAUAUUUCAUGCAAUUCCAAAUUGUUUCAUUGUUUCAUUUUAAUUUUCUCAUGAUCUUUUUGGAUAUCUGUAACUAAAAUUACUAUACAGUUGUCCAAUAAACGUAUUCACACUUUUGGUAUUUAGCUGCAUUUUGUUUCCAAAUGACCUUCGAUUGCCUCCGAUUAACCUUUUGACGUCAAGCAACAAUCACUUUUUCAUUGUGACGUCAAAUAUUUUGAAUUGUUAUGUCAAAGUUUACGGGAACCUGUGUGAUUCUACGUAAUGGCCGACAAAUUUGCAUACAAGUGUAAAUACGGGUCAGAUACUUAUUGUAUAAAAAAUGAAAAGUGUGACAAAUUCUAUUUAUACGAUGAAUUACGUUUCUUCUUUGAAUAAAUAAUCUAACAUCUCAUUUGAAUGAGAUUCAUUUCUCUGAGCAUGUUUAUACAGGAUAAUAACAUAUAUGUUAUAUAGUCCGACAGAUGGCAUUGAACUAGAAUAUGAGGCACUAAAUGCUCAUUUGAUUUUUUUUAAAGCAAGAAAGGGGACGUCCAUUUGAAAAUCAUUUUGAAAAGAAGGAUUUUGAAAAAUUUAAAUACCUGACAUUGCAAUUGUUUUACGAAAACCUUCCAAAGGCAGCUUGAAAAUAAGUAAUCUAACAUACAAAAUGUGGAAAAACCAGCUAUUCGAGAAAGUAGAAAGCAAAUAUUCGUGUAGCAUUGUCUGCCAAAAAAGUCUCUUCGCAAUGAAUAAAAAUAGAUAUUAAUGCGAGAAAACUGCACCUAGCAUACCUCCAACCCCCUAGAUAAUUAAAUGGCCACUACCAACAUUUGUAAUUUGAUGACACCGCCAUAAUAUAUAUUGCACACUAAAGUAUUUUCGUCCAAUUGCUUUUGUCUGUGUAUAGUGCAAGCAAGCUCAUAUAUAUGCUUUGUGUGUAAUGUAUGUCUUACCUUUAUUUUUUUUGUGUAUUGUCAAUGUGUGUGUAAAAGCUCAGUAGAUACUGUUUUGUCUGUGUUUUAACCUGUCCGACGUGGAAUAAAGCGUUUGUAUU